CCUAUUGUAAAGUGUUACCCAAAUUAAAUAUAAAUAUUAAGGUAAUUUAUACAAAAAUAACAAAGAUCAUUUUUCAUAAUUUUCAUGUUUGGACAAGUUGUCAUAUGUUUUAUCAUUUCUGCUGGACAGAACACUGGUUUGAUGAUGGGCUGAUUUUACCUUUCCAUUUUGCUGUUUUAUAUGAAGUGCGUUUGCUGCAAAAAAAAUCUGACAGAACUAUGUAUUUACUAAAUAUAUCAUAUGUUUUUGUUUUAUUUCCAUUCGAUGACAGCCCAUUUCUACACAACAUGUUUAUCAACGUAAAAGAGCCCAUGUUUUCUGUUAUAUAGCAUUUUUCAUCAUUGAAAAGCCCAACAUUUGAACUGCGUGUGCCUUUUAUUUUCAGCUGUGGUUUCCUGUGGAUAGUUGUGGUAUCUCUGGCUGAACUGUCUCUAUACUAGCAUACCAUUUUAGUUAUGGCUGAAGGGGGGAAAAGGCCGUUCCUCCAGGGAUCACACCCUACUAAUCCUCAUGUCGAAGAUGAUGUCGCAUAUCCACGUUUGAAUCUGUUAUAGACUAGGUUCCAAUGAAAAUGGGAAUUCUGAGGCAGCUCCAGUGUUUCCUUCUGAUGGGAACAAUGUUUAUCGUCGCCAUAAUCAUUUAUUGGGAUGAUGUGACAAAACGGACGUUUUACAUACCCUCUGCCGUGUCACCAUUACCUGUAUUUCCCAUUCAGGUUUUGGAGACGCCGCUCGACUUGAAGUCCAGUUCAGAUCAGUCAAGCUGCUCGGUCAAACCAAAUCAGACAACUCUCACAACUGCUCAAAAAUAUAUCUCAAAAGGUCAGGGAUCCAACAAUCACAUCUUCGGUCAGUCUUCCCCCACAGAUCUUAAAGUGCGGCAAGCUUAUCGCACGGAAAUGGUAAAAGAGCUUUGCUUAGCCAAUAGCAGCCUUACUUUCCCAGGAAAAUUCAAGAGUUUUGAGAAGAUUCCGAGUCGCACCUUGGAUCAUCUCAUCGUGGAUGACCGUCACGGUGUCAUUUACUGUUUUGUCCCCAAGGUGGCAUGUACCAACUGGAAACGAAUUAUGAUUGUUCUCAGCCAGAAUCUUAAGGCACCUGAUGGAACUCCAUAUAGAGAUCCUCUUGCCAUCCCAUCAUACAUGAGCCACAAUGCAACACUGCAUCUGACCUUCAACAGGUUUUGGAGACGCUUCGGUCGCGCCUCACGCCGGCUGAUGCAUCACAAACUCAAGACGUACACCAAGUUCAUUUUUGUACGGGAUCCUUUUGUACGCCUCAUAUCUGCUUUCCGGAACAAGUUUGAUCAGCCAAACGAGGAUUUUUAUAGACAGUUUGGCUCUGUAAUGCUUCAGCGCUACGCUAAUAUUUCAAAGCCUCCAGGUUCAGCUCAAGAGGCGUUCGAAGCAGGUAUCCGCCCCUCCUUUCAGAACUUUGUUAAGUACCUGUUAGAUUCACAGACCGAAAAGAUGGAGCCGUUCAACGAACAUUGGCGUCAGGUCUACAGGCUAUGUCAUCCGUGUCAAAUUGAGUAUGAUUUUAUCGGGAAACUGGAAACUCUUGAUGAGGAUGCAGAGCAUUUGCUGAGGAUUCUGGGAAUGGAUGAACGGAUUCGCUUUCCUCCCGGGUACCGCAAUAGGACAGCUGCGAACUGGGAGCGAGACUGGUUUGCAAAUGUUUCUGUGGCUGACAGGAUGAAACUUUACAAUCUUUAUGAACCAGACUUUAGAUUAUUUGGAUAUGACAAACCUGAGACACUUUAUCAGAAGUGAGCGAUUGUUGAAAAAUUAGUCAAAAUAAAAUGUACAUUUUUACAGUUCAUUAAAAGAGGGACUUAUUGGGUGGACGUUUUUAUAUUUUUUUAUACAUGUUGUUAACAGGUUUCAUUUUGU